AGAACAAGGGAAAAUGGUCCGCUGCACGUUCUCCAGGCACGACUUAAACAAGACGCCUACAACAUCUUUAGCUCAUUUAAAGAAGCAAGAAGAUGGCAAUAGCAGAGUUAUUGAAGAUCAACUCCAGCCUUGGUAUGUCCAACUUUUCCCCUGAAGUAUGGAGAGUUGUUGACUACAUGGCAGGAGCUAUCCUCAUUCUUUACUUCCUCCUCUCUACCAUACUGAACCCCAUAGUAUUCUAUCACUACUGGAAACUACCUUCAACCAUUCCUAACAUUCUGUAUCGGCUACGUGCUAUAUCAGACUUGCUGACAAAUUUGGUUAGGCCCAUUGUGAUGGUAUUUGCCCAUUUAAUCUCGGAAAAAAUCACUGAGGUUCUACAAGAGGGUAAUACUGCGUCCUUGCUAAUCAGUGUACAAGUAAGGAUGAGUAUGACCAUGUCGUUCGCCUCCGUUGCUUUGCUAGCACUGACUCGGGCUAUAAACAUUCAGUGGCCGUUCUUCCACAUCAAAAAGAGGUUGAUUUUCGUUUGGCUAGGAUUUAUUGCUAUAUUUGAGUUUGUAGUCGUGACCUGGAAUAUGGCUGGUGGAAAAAGACACAUCAAAAGAUUCGUAUGUGUCGGAAGUGCGGUAGCAUUAAGAAAAGUGACUUCUGAAGAAGGAGGGGAGGAUUUAAAACUCAGCAAACUAACAGAACUAUCAGCUGCUCCCAUGUAUCUACAUGCAGUGAUCGCUGUAAUAGUCACAAUAUGGGCUGUUGUGGCCUUGGCUAGGGCUAUCCAACAAAGCAAGGUAACCAAGAUGUCAGGUGAUCAAAGCUCCGGUGAACAGACAUCAGCAUUCCAGAGGAUUCAGGAGAAAUUCAAAGGAUGCAAAGCGAUCGCUAUUAUCCACCUAACGUCUUUGGUCAUGGUGAUUAAUUUCGUCAUUUAUGCUCUGCAGUUUCAUCUUAAUCCUGAAAAUGAUGAUGAUGAUGAUGAUGGUCUGAUUAGUUUCUGUCGUAGUGCUUACACAGCAAACAUGAUCAUACCCUCUCUUAUAGCGGCUACAAACCCUGUUAUUCUGAUAAAGUUUAACGAUGAUUUGGGAAGAAGAGUAGCAUUUUGGAGGAACGAUGGACAAGAUACUGUUGAACGUACUCACCAUUCUGUUGAUACCGGACAAGUAUGAGAAGGAAAUUUGCCGUAUUGUUAAUACUGGAUAGAUAUAAUAUGAGUUAACUUUUCUAACUGUUGAUA